CAGUGUCCCUCUGCCAAGUCAUAGUGUCCUCCUGUCUACUCAAAGUGUCCCUCUGCCAAGUCAUAGUGUCCUCCUGUCUACUCAAAGUGUCCCUCUGCCAAGUCAUAGUGUCCCUCUGACUAUAGUGUGUUUUUUAUCAGCUGUGAAGAGAUGCCCCGCCCCCACCUCAAGAGUUACAGCUGAUUGGCUGUUGCACACCUGUCCGAUUUCGUCCUGAAAAUGCAAGUUAUGCUUCGGUGGUGUCGAGCAGCAGGAAGAGCAAAGCAUGUGUGUCAGUACAGUAGGUGUACCCCAGGGGGAGCAUUCGAUGUGGUGGUGGUGGGCGGUGGCCAUGCUGGUACAGAGGCCUGCGCUGCUGCUGCUAGGAUGGGUGCCACAACAUUGCUUGUCACACAUAAGAAGUCCACCAUAGGUGAGAUGUCAUGCAAUCCCUCUUUCGGUGGUAUUGGAAAAGGACACCUGAUGAGAGAAGUGGAUGCUCUGGAUGGACUUUGUGGUCGGGUCUGUGAUAUUUCUGGCAUACAUUACAAGGUGCUGAACCGUAGCAAGGGUCCAGCUGUAUGGGGUCCUCGAGCACAGAUAGACAGAGCACUGUACAAAAAAAAUCUCCAGGAAGAGUUGUUUCAGUUACCUAACCUGACUAUAAUAGAGGCAGCAGUGGAAGAUCUGAUUUUAAGGGAACCAUGUGCUUCUACAGAUGUACCUCAACAAGCUGAAUGCCAAGGAGUGUUACUAGAUGAUGGGCGAGAGAUUACAUCUCACAGUGUUGUCAUCACCACGGGGACCUUCUUACGAGGAGUAAUCAGCAUAGGAUUAGAUGUGAGGCCUGCUGGCAGACUUGGAGAUGCACCAGCUAUUGGGCUGGCCAACACUUUUGAAAAGUUGCAGUUUAGACUUGGAAGACUUAAGACAGGAACACCCCCAAGGAUAGCCCAAAACACCAUUGACUACACGCAGUGUACACAACAAGAGCCAGACAACCCACCAGUGCCAUUCUCAUUCUUAAAUCAACAAGUCUGGAUUAAGCCUGAGGAACAACUGUUUUGUCAUCUCACUCACACAACUCCAGAGGUGGAAAAAAUUGUCAAAGAUACUCUGCAUAAAAAUCGACAUGUUCAUGAGGAGACUAAUGGACCUCGCUACUGUCCAUCCAUAGAAUCAAAAGUUUUAAGAUUUUCAGGUCGUAACCACCAAGUGUGGCUUGAACCAGAAGGUUUAGACUCUGGUCUAGUGUAUCCUCAGGGCCUGUCCUGUACAAUGCCCCCAGAGCACCAACAGGCCUUACUCCGCUUCAUUCCAAGCCUCCAGCACUGUGAAAUGAUCACUCCAGGUUAUGGUGUAGAAUAUGACUACGUGGACCCGCGUGAACUGACCCCACAGUUAGAGACUUGUCGUGUCGCUCGCCUUUUCCUAGCAGGGCAAAUCAAUGGAACAACUGGCUAUGAGGAAGCUGCUGCACAAGGCAUUGUGGCUGGGAUAAAUGCUACUGCAAAGGCAUUUAAUAAAGAAGGUCUCACUGUGGACCGGACAGAGGGCUACAUUGGUGUCUUAAUUGAUGACCUCACCACCCAGGGCACCUCUGAGCCUUACCGAAUGUUUACUUCUCGCUCAGAAUUUAGAUUCCAGCUGAGGCCUGACAAUGCCGAUCUUCGACUUACUGAAAAGGGUUAUUCCAUUGGCUGUGUAUCUGAAGAGCGACAUAAUCAAUUGAUACAAACAAAAAGUCAGCUCGAGGAGGGAUUGCAACUGCUUCGGGGAGAUGUUCGUAGCUUCAAGACCUGGGCAAAACUUCUAGAUAGACCACAAACUAGAGCAACAACAUAUAAGAGUGCCCUACAGUUUCUUGGUAUGUAUUCCUGGAAUGUAACAGUUGAACAACUAGCAAAGGUUGACUCAAGAUAUGAAAAAUUCACUUACAAUCCAGUGCUGACAGAAAGGCUAAAAGUUGAAGCCCUUUAUGCUGACCUGGUAGCUGCCCAGAGUGAGGAUGUGGAUGCUGUACGCAGGGAUUAUGCACUUGUAAUUCCACACAAUAUUGACUACUAUAGUCCCUCCAUGAGUUUGUCAAAUGAGAUGCGCAGCAAACUUUCUCAAGCAAGACCCACUACGAUUGCAGCAGUAACUAGGAUUGAAGGCAUAACACCAGCAGCGAUGAUAAGCUUGUUACGUUAUGUGAAGCAGAGGCAACAGCAGUAUUCAGAACUUUUAUAGCAAUGUGUAGGUCAGACUGAUGUUUUUUGAUAAAUUUUAGUAAAUAAAUACUUAACAUAGCAA